AUGUCUGAAUCUCUUAUGCGUUUGCAUUUUCUUUUGCUAGUCUUGCUCUGUUGCGUCUCCCUUUCAACCUUUGCCACUGAAAAUGCUCAUGGUGGUGGUCUCGUUGGUUGUCGUCCACGCCAGAUUCAAGCCUUUACGCAGUUCAAAAACGAGUUUGAUACUCGUGGUUGCAACCAUAGUGACUUCUCCAAUGGAGUCUGGUGCGAUAAAUCGACCGGUGAGAUCACAAAGCUACGACUCAGUGCCUGUCUCAGUGGAACCUUGAAGCCCAACAGUAGCCUCUUUGGAAUGCAUCAUCUUCGUUACCUUAAUCUCUCGGGAAACAACUUCAUCUCCUCUUCACUCCCUUUCGAGUUUGGCAAUCUCAACAAAUUAAAGGUUUUAUCUCUUUCCUUUAAUGGCUUCGUCGGCCAAGUUCCUUCUUCGUUUAGUAACCUAAGCAUGCUUUCCGUUUUAAGCCUAUCCAAUAACGAGCUCAGUGGUAGUUUCCCACCUGUGCGGAAUCUAACUAAGUUCACAGUUUUAAGACUUUCUCGCAAUCACUUUUCUGGAACUCUGAAUUCCAAAAAUAGCCUCUUUGAGUUGCACGAGCUCAUUGAGCUUAAUCUCGCCUUUAACAGCUUCAGUUCUUCACUCCUUUUUGAAUUUGGAAAUCUCAAAAAAUUAGAGUCUUUGUCUCUUUCCUCUAAUGGCUUCUUUGGUCCAGUUCCUCCCACAAUUAGUAACAUGACCUCGUUAACCGCAUUGUACCUUGGCCAAAACAGUUUCACUGGUCGUUUCCCACUUGUACAAAACCUAACUAAACUCUCUCAACUUUAUAUAUUUGAUAACCACUUCUAUGGAACCAUCCCGUCAUCUCUCUUCACUCUGCCUUUCUUGAAAGUCCUUUAUUUAGAUGUAAACCAGUUCAGCGGUUCCAUUGAACAUCCCAACUCCUCUUCGUCGUCAAGGCUAGAACGUCUGAAACUUGGAUACAACGAGUUUGAAAGAAAAAUAUUAGAGCCAAUCUCAAAGUUCAUCACCCUCAAAGUUCUCGAGCUUUCUUUCCCGAAAAAAAGUUACCUAAUAGACCUAAGCCUCCUGUCCUCUUUAAACUUUUUGGUGUACCUCGAUGUGUCCGGUAACAAUAUAUCCCGAGCAAGUUUAAGGCCUGAUUACGCAAUCCCGUUGAACCUAGAGUUUUUUUUCUUGUCCUAUUGCGGCAUCAGCGAGUUCCCAAAAAUAUUGAAGGCCCUCAAGAAGUUGGAGUUUAUAAACAUAUCCAGCAAUAAAAUCAAAGGGAAAAUACCCGAGUGGUUUUGGAACUUUCCUCGUCUAAGCGUAAUGGAUAUAUCUAACAAUUCUUUCAACGGCUUCGAAGGUUCGGUGGAACUUUUAGGAAAUUCAUCAUUGCAGGAGAUUGAAGAAAACAUCAGAAACUCAACAUUAGACUUUUAG